AUGGCGUCCCGUUCAGAGUAUCGCCGAGACACGGGACAUUCGACUCUAAAACUGGUCUGUCCCGACGAAAACCGGACGGUUGGCAAAUCUAAUUUAGCACCCGUACAUGUUAAAAUAACUAGUUAUGUAGCUGAUCAAGAUUUCGUUGUUGCUGCUGAAACUGUAACUGUUUCGGUUGAUGUUGUUAUUGCUAUUGCUGCUGUUGUGACAAUUUACAAUUCAAAUGAAUCUUCUUCUUGCAAUUCUUCAUUAAGUUCAGCAACGACAACAACAACAACACCAACACUAACAAUAACACCAACAACAAUAACCAGCACCAUGAGAUCUCCAACAUCUUUAACAACCGACACUGUGACAGUGGCUGCCGCUGCUCAUGCUGCUGCAGUAAGUGCAGCAGUGGGAACAGAACUAUUACAACAACAUUCAAUUAAUUCCAUAAUUGAACAACGUCAAGACUUUUUAACAGCAACAACAAGACACACAAAUGAUGCCAAUACCACUUUAUCUAAUACAACAGCAGCAGCAACAAUAUCAGCAGCAUCAUCGGAUACACUAACCUCAACAUUAAAUGAUCCUUUAUCAUUGACAGCAGAAUUUCUUGGCUUGGGUAGUCGUUCAACAAAUGCAACUAAUACAGCAUUGACAAGCAAUAUAUUGCCGCUGGCCAAUGUAGGCGGUGUUGUUGUGGACAACAAUAGUUGUAAUGGUGUUGGUGUGGGAAUUGGUAGUGUUGUUGGCGGAUGUGGCAGUGUUGGUAUUUCCUCUACAAAUCUAGAGGCCUUAAACACCAACUCUAAUGCAUUGGCUGCUGCUUAUAUGCCCCUAACACCAAGUUCAACACAAUCCUCUAUAUCUCCCGGAACUACGACCAGCAAUACGUUCGAUAUGUUUCAGUUUGAUAAUAUUGCACCACAACACCAACAAAAUACACCUUUAAAGGUUUUCCAAAGAAACAUCAGCUUCGAUUGUUCUGCACCUUUAUCGCCAAGUACGCCUACAUCUCUUUAUAAUAACUCUUUCCAAAGUUCACCUUUAGUCAGCGAUAGCAGUAAUUCGUCUUCAGCUAAUGGUUUAUCUUUGGAUUCCAUACCUAUGGUUUAUCAAAAUGGCUACACAAAUGGUUUGACUUCAACUCGUUCCACUUCGCCCGAAAGUCAAAAUAGCAAUCAAUCAAACGAAAAUAGUUUAAUUGAUAUGAUGAAAUUUCUCAAUGUCAGCAACAACCAACAGGCACAACAGAAACAACUGCAGCAACAACAACAGCAGCAAUUUCAAUUUCAAAAUCUUCAACAACAACAACAGCAACAACAACGUCAAAAGCAACAUGAAUCAUAUUCAACUACAUCGGAAUUUGAAAACUCGACCAAUCGAUCAUCGCCAGCUACAAACCUAUUUGAUGAGCAAAAUUUGGAAAACUUUGAAGCUCUAUCCGCUUUUGACAUGGAACUGACCAAAUUGCAAGCCUUAAAUGCUGUCACCCUGUUGCAGGCACAACAGCAGCAAGUGCCAUUGCUGCAAAAUCUAUUGCAAACAUACAAUACCAUUAAUCAACUACAAAAUUGGCAAAUGCAGCACCAGCAGCAUCAACAACAUCCCCUACCACAUCAGCAACAACAAACAAAUCCAAAUUUCAACAAUGCAGUGAAUGCCAACACCAAUGGUUCAGAUGCCUAUUUGGAUCGUGUUGCUAAAUUCUAUAGGGGAUCGGCUGCAUUUUGUGAGCCCACAUGCACCUGGAGUGGUCAGUUGCCACCGCGUUCACAUCGUCUGUAUCAGUUUUCACCGAAAGUGUUUUUGGGCGGCAUUCCCUGGGACAUCAGUGAGCAGUCGCUGAUACAGAUUUUUAAACCAUUUGGGCAAAUCAAAGUUGAAUGGCCUGGCAAGGAACAACAAGCUGCCCAGCCCAAGGGUUAUGUUUACAUUAUUUUCGAAUCGGACAAGCAAGUCAAGGCUUUACUUUCCGCUUGUGCUGUGCAAUCGGAUGAUCCCCAAAGUGGCUGUGGUAUUUUCUUUUUUAAAAUAUCCUCCAGACGUAUAAAAGCUAAAGAUGUUGAAGUUAUUCCCUGGCUUAUUGGUGACUCAAAUUAUGUCAAGUCGACUUCACAAAAACUAGAUCCUACUAAAACAGUGUUUGUUGGUGCCUUACAUGGUAAAAUGACAGCCGAGGCUUUGGCCAAAAUAAUGGAUGAUUUAUUUGAUGGGGUAUUGUAUGCCGGUAUUGAUACGGAUAAAUACAAAUAUCCCAUUGGUUCGGGACGUGUGACCUUUAACAAUAAUCGUUCAUAUAUGAAGGCUGUUUCUGCAGCAUUUAUUGAAAUUCGAGCACCAAAAUUUACGAAAAAAGUGCAAAUUGAUCCAUAUCUAGAAGAUUCGUUAUGUUCAAUAUGUGGAGUACAACACGGACCAUAUUAUUGUCGGGAAUUAUCUUGUUUUAGAUAUUUCUGUCGCACUUGUUGGCAAUGGCAACAUUCAACAGAUGCUGUUAAAUAUCACAAGCCAUUAACUAGAAACUCAAAGUCCCAAACAUUAGUGGGUAUUGGACCGGCCUCUUCAACCACCUCAUUGUCUUCGUUGAAUUCUCAACAGGCCAUAAAUUAUGGUGGCCAGCAACAACUGCUGCCACCACAACAGCAGCAGCAACAACAACAACAUGUAUUGUCGUCUAUGUCUCAGACACAAGAUUCAUCAAAUAAUCAUCAUCAGCAACAGCAGCAACAACAUCAACAGGCAACCAUGCAACAAUUACAACCUCCACAACAAAUACAAACAAUACAAAAUGCUUUUCAUUUAUAA